UUUUUUCUUCGUCAUCGUGGACGUCUUUAACGUUAUAUUAAAUGGGCGAUUUAUAUCUACAAUUGUUUAUCUUAAAAGGGAAUAUGUGGAAACAUUAGGGGUUGCCUCUUGCACACAGUUGUUACAACCUAAGUUACCAAGUGUUAGCCGGUUAGCUUGUUUCUUAAGUCUACAGCAUGGUUUACAGCAGCAUCUUUUCAGUUGGUAAUUAACGUUAGCUGCUUGCAUUCAUAACCUAUAACCCUCAGAGGUGGGUGGGUGUUUGGAAGCGCGGCGUCUCCAGCCUAAUUAAAACAUGGCGGAUUCGGAGGAAUUUAGACUUAAACGAUUGAAGCAUGAGGAGCACCUGUCCAGAGUAUUUGAUGAAGUCAUGGGGCUUGGGGACUUUGCUGACUCCUCCAGGGGCUCUGCCAUCUCGUCCAAGAGCGGAGGACAGGACGAGACUAAGGAAGUAGAUGAAACUUCAGGACAAGGGGAACAGCAACCAGUAGAAGAAGAGGAUAGCAACGGCAGCAGACAAGAAGACAAGAUGGAUGAGGGGAUGGGAGAGCCAUCAUUUCCUCGCAUUUCCUCCCCUUCCUCUGACCGAGAAACCUCGUUUACCAUGGGAACCAACAAAGGGGGAGGAGGAGGAAGUGGUGGGGCAGCAUUUGAUGAUGCACUGGAUGGCUUGCCUUCAUUUGGGGCAGAGGAAGAUGAUGAAGACUGGCACUUUGCUCUGCCAAUGGGCACCCUGGAGAAUCUUAAUGUGGAUAAGGCAAACCGAAAAGGAAGCCAACCAGAAGUGGGGAACAGCGUAACUCCAGGUGAUCCCUUUGCUUGUCAGCCCAGAGAGGACGAGGACGAGCAAGAGAGAGAAGGGAGCAGUGGGUCUGCUAACACCUCCCACUCCUCCCAGGACCACACACCUGACAACAGCCGAGAUGGAGGCGUCCUGAACCAGACAGAGGAGACAGAAGACAGUCAGCAGGGAGAGAGGUCAGAGGCGGCUCCAAUGGAGGACAGUAAUCCCCAGAUGUCUCCUACCAUCAAUAUUAAAGAUGAGCCCAUUGAUGAGGGCUACGACGCUGCUUUACUGCCUCAGAGCUCCAUCAGACAGAUCAAAGAGGAGCUGGAGCAUCAGGAGGAAGAGCUAAGGAUCAGCUCUGUCUACUCUGUAGGUGGAGGGAACACCUUUGCACCCCCUACCAUGCCAGCAGCAGUCCCAGCACCUCCUCCGGCAGCCAUUUUGAUCCCAGGUAGAGGCACUGUCCUACAAGCCAUGGCUUCCCUCCCUGUAAGACCACCUGCUCCUAUCCCAAGUUCACUACCAGCUCUGGCACCAGUACCUCCACGCCCACCUCAGCCCCCCAUGCCUGGUAGUGUUCGCUGCAGUGGCUGCUCUAAGGUUCUGCUAAAAGGCCAAACAGCAUUCCAAAGAAAAGGUUCGACACAGCUCUUCUGCUCCACAGUGUGUCUGACUGGCCACCUGCCUCCUGCCAACAAGAACCGAUCCUGUUCCCAGUGCAACAGGGAGAUUCUUCAGCCCAGGGACAUGAUCACGAUUCCAGGAGAGGAGAACAACUAUGUGCACUUUUGUGGCCAGUUCUGUCUGUCUGUCUUCAGACACAAGAAGAAACCUGUUGAGAAGGUUCCUGAUAAAUGGGCUGACAAACGGGUGGAGAGGAAGCCUGAGAAGCCGCCUGAGAAACCAGCUGAGCGACAGCCCGAUAAACCCAUUUGCAGUGUCUGCAGAGUCUCUAAUAGGCUGAUUGAGCAUGAGGUCACCCAUCAAGGUCGUCUGCACAGACUCUGCAGUGAUGCUUGUUUUGUUACGUGGCGAAAGAUGCGGCACUUAGCCAUGAACUGCUGUGAAGGCUGUGGGCUUUACUGUAACAGCAGCUCAGGCUCCUGUCAGACGCUCACAAUUGAAAGAUCGCCGCUCAACUUCUGUGGUCCUACCUGUAUUGGCACCUACAAACAGACCUGCAGGAAGACAGUUGAGUGCGCCUACUGUCACAAAAUAGCGAUAGUGUCCUCCACCAUCAUGGAACGAGACCAAAAGGGCAAAGUUCAGCUUUAUUGUACACCUGCUUGUGUGGAACAGAGUCGACCACCCCGACACACUCUCACCGGUGCUGCAUUCCCCUGCUGCCUUUGCAAGGUGUCAGCUGUUCCUCAGUAUCAUCUGGCCAUGGUGGACGGCACCAUUCGUAACUUCUGCUCCUAUGACUGUGUUUCUAUAUACCGGAAGUCCGGGCAGACCUCUCAGCCAGACCUGCUCAAUGGAACCUCCUCUCUCAGGGACCCCUCCCUCAGAGACGCCCCCAAACCGGGGCCGUCUGCUGGAGCCAGCUCAGUCCCUCCCAUCCCUCAGGACUACCCAUCUUCAGUCCCCUACCCGGGCCACCAUCCCAGUCAUACCUCAGUGCCCCCGUUGGUGCCCUCGCCAUCUGUCCCGGGGCAAGCCCAGGCCAGAGCACUUGCUGUUCAGCCCCUGAAACCAGCGGAGGGUGGGCCUAGCGACACCUCCAAACUGACCUGCCAUCAGUGCAGCAAACACUUUGACAUCAAGCCAGUGCUCUUCAGUCACCAAGGUCGUAUUUCCAUGUUCUGCAGUACAACAUGCUGUGAGCAGUAUAAAACCCAAAAGAAUGUCCUGGCUCUGUGUGAGUGCUGUAAACAGGAGAAAGUGCUCUUUGACACCAUCAGCUACAACCAACAGGACCUGGUCUUCUGCAGUGAAAGCUGUAAGCUGCUCUUCAAACAUGACCUGGCGUCUCGUAACAAGGAUCACCCCUGGCGUCCCUGCACCUACUGCUCCGGCAUCGGCCAGAAAAUGCUGCACAGCCACUACGGAGGCAGGAUGGAGGAGUUCUGUAGACCCCACUGCAUGUCCCAGUACACAGUACUCUACUAUGGGAUGGGUCGGUGUGACAGUUGUAGGAAACAGGGCUACAUGACUGAGAAAUUGCAGUGUUUGGGGUCAGUUCGUAAUUUCUGCAACCUGCCUUGCCUGCUGCAGUACUGCUCCCUGCAUUUUGAGACGAACCAACACACCAGCAGUAACGGUACUGGAACAGCCCCACAAACACCUUAUGCUCCAACCCAGCCUCACCACUCCUCAAAGAUGAAUCCUGUCAUAGCUGAUGUGGUGUCCCUGGCCAGUGGCUCUGCCACUCAGCCCAGUGUGUCAGCAGAUACUGCUCUGACUGGAGCACUUCCCACUUCCAAUGUUGACGGCAAGAACCUAGACCAUGCCAGUACUCAGACUGAUGCCAUGCGAGUGCCUGUGUCCCGUCGACGUCAAAUGAAGAACAAGUCAGUUUUAUGUCGGCCCUUCACUAUGGACCAAGAGACCAUGUGCCAGCUGCCCACACCUUCCACUGAAUCAGCAGCUCCAGCCUCAGCAGGGGAGGAGAAUGUGAAGGUGGUAAUGGUGCCAGUCCCGGUACCGGUCUUCAUUCCGGUGCCUAUGAACAUGUACUCCCAGCACACGCCUGUUCCAAUGCCGAUGCUCUUGCCUGUUCCAGUACCCAUGUUCGUACCACCACAGAACAAGGACGUGAAAGAUGCAUCAGUCCAAUCAGAGCCUUUAGCUGUGAAGGAAGAAAAACAGAAAGAUGGGCCUGUUUUCAGUGCAAACCAGAGCAGCUCUUACAGUGGAGACAUGAAGUCAGAGGUGGUCACUCCCAUAAUCCGUGAAGAUGAGGAGACUCAAAAAGCAGUACAAGCCGAGCUGCCGGUUACUGUAAGUUCAGAGAGGAGCACAGAGUCAACUGCUCUCCAACUUAAUACCCAGCCAGAGGGGAUCGCGACAACAAGCCACCCACCUGCCACCAGCGCAGAGCAUCAACCUCCCUCUUCUCCACUGAUGGACUUGGAGACUGACUUCCCGUCUGAGCCGUUGGAUCAGAAGCCAUCUUCUCUACGGCGAGGGGUGAAGCGACCCAGAGAAGCUUUCUCUGGACGGAAACGGGGUCGAAGGCGAACUGUUUCAGUGGACCGCAGUGCAGUGGUCACUCCUGCCGCCUCCAAACUGAACCACUUGUAUGGGGUUAAAGCCUGGAAGAGCUGGGUCCAACAACGAAACAAACAAUCAAGAGAACUCAAUCCAGUGGAUAUUAAAGAAGACAUCCUUCAGUGUGACUCUACUGAGCUGAGCUUUGCUCUGUCUCGCUUCAUCAGAGAAGUGAGACGGCCCAAUGGAGAAACCUACAGCCCAGACAGCAUCUUCUACCUCUGUCUGGGGCUACAGCAGUAUCUGUUCAUGAAGGGCCGCAUAGAGAACAUCUUUACUGACGAGCUGUACACUCAGUUUGCCACAGAGAUCACUGGGAUGCUGCGGCUCUGGAAACCUAAACUGCUACCUAGUGGUGGUGUUGUGUCCUCCCGUGUUAUGGAGUCCUACCUGUGGGAGUGUAAGCAGCUGGGGGCCUACUCUCCAAUAGUGUUGCUCAACACGCUGCUCUUCUUCUGCACCAAGAACUUCCACUUCACCACACUGGCGCAGCACCAAAGCCUCUCCUUUACCAACUUCACUAGAUGCUCUAAACCCUGCAGCAGAGCCGGCAAAGUCCACUACCUUCGAUUUCAGAGAAGCAGCGCUACCACGCCCCGCCGAGAGGACACGGAGCGAUUAAGAAAAAGGCAGGGAGAAGAGGAGGGAGACAAGGAGAUGCUUGAAAAUGUCACCAACCCUCUACACUGUCCUGUCAGACUCUAUGAGUUCUACCUCUCUAGAUGCCCAGAGUCUGUGAAGAAAACAUCUGACGUGUUUUACCUCCAGCCUGAACAGAAUGUGCACACACACAGUUCCCACUGGUAUACUUCUCAACCAUUAGAGGGCGCCACUCUACAGAGCAUGCUCACGCGCAUCUUGGCCGUCAGGGAGGUUCACCAGGAACAAGAAGCAGCCCAACAUCAGUCCUCAGCCACCGCUGAUAAUCACAGUUUACAGUGAUAUGGAGCUCUGCUUAUUCACACCCUGCUUAUGAUCUUCUCCGCAACAGAAACCUUCUCUGAUGCUGAACAGUCAAUUAAAGCUGCACACCCAUCAGUCAUCACACUGAGGCUGACAGAUCUUUAAAACGGGGAGACAGAACAAAGAGAGACACGGUGAAAGGUCGCUUUGUCACACAUGAGACACAUGACAUUUAAAGAACCUGUGUGGGAUAAUAGUAUCAUUCCUCAGUGGCCAUCCCUUAAUGAGUUUACAAACACACGAUACUCUAAAAUAUGAAAAGGGUGUGUUAAAGUGUACGUUGUUAACACAGUCCUCUUUUCUCAUCGGUGUCACACCAGAGUGAUAUUUAUGCAUUCAUUUAUCACAUGUGGCAGGUUUAUUUCCUACUGGUAAUGUUCCACGCCUUGCCUGUCAGAUGUGCGUUUGAUUUCAGAUACAGACUUCUGCGAUGUUAGACUUGUAUGAGCAGCAAACUGCAUGCGACAGCAGUCGGUGCUGGUGUAGAUGACAAGAGUUUACAUCCACCAGGCAUCGUCAGAUCUGUUCAUUAAGGGGUUUAAAUGUGCUGUUCUAUCGUUGUUGCCCCUCUUUUCAUCAGCACAUUGUUAUAUGAGAGUAUUUACUUAUAAUAGGAGUUUUAAAGGCUAAUACUGGUAUUUAAGGAUGGAAACCUAAGACAUCUUAUGCGUUUAAAUUUCACCAAAACCUAAAACAAUGACAUUGUGAGCAGGAAUAUUAGACAGUGUAGCGUAUUCUCGCACAGCUGCGCAAAACUUGGUAAAAAUGUCACUCAGUUCAAGUGAAGCAUUUCCCACAGACAUGCAGUGUAGUUAUGAUAAAUGAAAGAUUAAAUUUGUAGUUUAACAAACUACAUCCUAUUCAUCACAUUGGAGGUGGAUGACAUUGCCAGGUUUACAUCUGGCAUUUGAUUAAAAGCCAAUAUUUGAUUUAAUGUUUUGUUACUAUACAUCAGUGUUGUCCUGUGUGUAAAAACAGAGACUCACAGUGCCUGUCAUCUUUUGUUGUUUUAUUAUUAUCUAGUUAUGUGAUAUUAUGUUGUUCCCCUUUUAUAUUCAUCCUGUGUGGCCUUACUUCCUUCUUCCCAACCACUUUCCCUUCUCCCUCCCCCUGUAACCUUGUAUGUCCAUAGGGGUUUGCUCAUAUACCAUCACUUACUCCCUCUGGAGGUAAAGUGGAAGAGAAGCUCAUUAGCCACAACCACCUUACUGCAGUGAAUAUAAUCUACGAACCUCUAAACCAUGAAGCUGAGCUUCAUUUACAGACCACCUUGAUUGAUAUUGGAAUACUUUGAAAUACAGCCUCACCAUUUUUAUGAACGAAGUGUUAAAGUUAUUAUUACUACAAUGGGACCUCUGCUCCUUAUAUGCUUUCCUUGUAUGUAUUCCAGUAUCUGUGUCUUUUUCCUUUCCUCAUGCUAACAGUGCCAUUAUCUUCUCCUUUGGGACAUUAUUGACUCUUUUAGUUUUUUUCUCUCUCACCUUCCCUAAUUUGAAAAAAAUGGAAUUGCUGGGCUGCAGACAACUCAAAGUACUAGCACAAUACUUUUCCUAACCCUAACUCUUGAUAUUUCCUGUAUGGUUUAUGUAUGAUAUGGUGACAGUGUGCCUAAGAUAUUUACCACUGUGUCAGCAGUGGUAAUCUGUUUUGUUUCUAUUUGUUCUUGUUAUCUGUAAUAGUCCUUUGAUUAAGAAUAGAAACUUCUUCCUAAAUUGGCAUAUAGAUCCAUACAGUCCAGGUGACUGAAAACAGACACAAUAUGGAAAACACGGUUGGUCUAUAGGGUUGCUGUGAUAAAUCCUUAAAAUCUAAUGCUUAGCCACAGUACAUCACUUUUGAAAUAGGUUUUAAACAUCUGGACAUACUGUACAGAACAGUAAUGCAUACAUGCCCUUUUUACAUCAACGACUGCCAUUUUAUAGGAUUGUGAAACAUGAUUAGGAUUUUUUUUAAUACAAAAAAAUAUGGUUCCGAAUUCUGCUUGUUGACCAAAAAAUGAAAUGUGUAAUACACGUGUUGCUAAGUUGAGAUUUAAUGAAAACAGUACCAUUUGUUCUUUUGUUUUGUGUUAAUAAUGACUCUACUACCCAUAGCACAGUGUGGGGCAGUCAGGGAGCUCGUGCAUUGCCCUCACACUGUAGUAAUGUGUUCAUUGCAACUUGCAUAUAUUUUAUUUUUUCAGCUGUUAUCAUUUUUUGCCAUGGAGGCCUACGGGCCUUUACUUUUCCUUCAUGUUCAUGUUUUCUAUCACAUCUGUGUUACAGUGUAAAUGACUUUAAGCACUACAUAUCAGACCAGCCCAAAUCUGAGGAUCCUCCUUCUUCUUCUUCUUCUUCUUCUUCAUUACACAGUCACAGUGCGGACUGAUUAUAGCCAUUAGCAUUAUCCAGAGAGUUCUGACGCUGCUGCUGGUGCAAAGGAAAUAUUACUGUCUGCAUAGUAUCACUGCUAGUAUAAACAUUAUCACACCCAUCUGAAGAUUGUUAAGAAAGAAAAGGCCCAAAGACAGUAAGAUGUUUUAUUGUCAUGCACAAAAUGCUGUACUGCCAUUAGGUAUUAAAAAUUCAUCUCAUUCA